AAAAUUUGCAAGGAACGUUAUUGAAGUGCGCGGACGGGCGUAGGGAACUGGCGAAGCUUUCCUCUAUUUUGUGGAAUCGAGGUCGGGUGCAGAGCGAAAGAACUUUAGGAAUAUGGGGGUAAAUGUCCGGGACAGCUCCUCAAGCGUAGGUCCACCGCAAUCUCGCGUGCCCGUUGUGAAGCGUAGGUCACGUGGCCGCUCUUCUUCCGAGCGUCUUUAGCUGGACGUUUUUCAGCUUUAACGAGAAAUAACGUUACAGCAUACAUCCAAUUCGUUUGCUUUGAAUUUGAAUGAGGCCUUUUUUUGUUGGCCGCUCUCGUGCUACCAUAUCACCACAAAAAAUUGGCUCAUCUGAAGCAGGCUAUCAGCUAAUGCAGACAAGCUUGAAAUAAUUAUUGAUCAGAACGUUGACCCAGUUUUGCUUCCUUCCUGUCGCACUACUCCGUGUGCUUCUGUAUCUACUAGCGGAAUCUACCAGCUGAGGGCAGGCGUGACAUAGCGUUUCUUUAUCCUUCUUCGCUCACGCGAAUCGUCACGGCAGCAAGAAGCCCCACGAACAUAUUACUUUACUGCACAUACUGCACACCUUUAUUUGCCAAUGUUGCUGUGUGUCGAGUAAUUUGAGUUGAGAUAAAGAAAGAUAUUGAGUGGCUAGGAUUAGCUGAAAAGAAUAGCUGGUUGCCUACGGAACUUGUCUUAGGAAGCUAACUUCGAAUCGAAUCCUUUUUGCGCCAUAGUAAACUUCAGAUAAUUAGCAUCAGGAAGUAACGACCGAGAAAACGGAGUUGGAAGGCUCUUGUACGUGUGGUUGCUAGCAUCAGGGUGCUAUGACGCUAUAUAGUUCGUUCGACCAGCGUUAACUUAAAUGAGACGGAUCCUCAAUGCAAGACGAAUACUUCAAAUGAUUGGCACUGGUUAAACAGAUGUCACUUGCGCCAGAGAUAUCCAUUGUUGCAGAGACAUCCUUUGUUCAAGCACUGUUAAGCGUUAACGCAGCAACUUCAAAGCGUACGUUGUAAUUUUUUUUCGUGUCCUCCUCAGACACACGCGCAACAGUUGUGUUUAUACUACUACUUCCAGUACUACGUUCAUACUACUUUCCAGUAGUAUGAACAUGAUAGAGCCACUGACGUUCUCAACAAUAAUAAGCAAAAAAAGAUAAUAUAAGUUACCAUUACGUGAGAUGCGGUAGACCUAAAGCUGUCCCGGCUGUCAUUCUGUACGCUCUCAAACUCCGUCAUAUUGCCGAAUUUGCCAUCUUGUCAGCUCUGACUGGUUCACAAGACGGCUACGCCGUCUCUGAUUGGCUCAAAAUUUCAAGGUGGCGGAAUGCUGUCCAGCAUAGCACACCAGGCCCGACCUCCCCUAAGCCCUCAAGCGUCCCUCCUCCUCGCCCACUGCACAGAUUACGCGGUCGUGACGUGUGACGUCGCAGCGGAUGACGCCUGUACAGCGGAACGACUCGUGGCGCCUGCUGAAAGGCCAUGGAAGAAAGAUCACGUGACCAAAGCCUGCCCCGCCGUGACUGGGGCCCGCAGGGUUUCAUACAAGCACUUUUCUGAGGCGAACAUCACUUAUAGAAACUGCCGCCAGAAAAACUGCUCCUCCUCCUCCCCAUGUUCUACAGGCAACUUCGUAUCGUCGGUGAAGUCUUCAGGUGACCGAACCAGGCAGGAGCACGUACACGUCAAGCGUUCCGCCUGGGCCCUCCGAGCGACGUACCGAAACCAGCCCCUGUGAAGGAUAGCCAACCGGAGAAUUGCAUUUGCUUAACCUGUCAGCCUUUCUUCGCUGCCUGGAUAGAGCUUCGUGUUGCUUCAGCAGGACUGUGGAUUCAGGUGCCGUCCAGUACAUGGCAACCAUGACGUGUUUCCUGCUCCGCGCUUGUUCCCGCUGCAAGCAGCCCUCGAAAACGUGGCCUUCGAGACCUGUAACUCGAAGGCAACCGUCACUGAGGCUUGGAAUUGGACUGCACCUAUUGCGUCACUUCCGGCUUGCCAAGCCUCCUCUCAAGUUAUCCUCACUCUAAAAUCUCUUCGACCGACAAUCCUCAGCAGUCUCUGAAGUCACCGCCGCCCGAGAUUGAUUUCUCUGUAGCCCCGUCGGCUUUCGAAAGUGGGCCGCCGACUGCUGUCGAUACAACGUUGUGCCAACGGAAAUCGAUUCUACCUUAAAGCUCUAUGAACUGAUUGCUUGCACAG